CCAGUCGCGUUCCAUGCCCCGUAGGGCUCACACGUCUGUCUCCCGUCGCGGACUUAUGUAACCAGUGAGUCUCCAGCCUCCAACCCACCCCACAUCGACCCCGCGAGCCGGCGUGUACAUCGACUUAUAUCGAAUCAGUGCAAUAAUUGUCAGCUGAGAAUCGAUGCAGAAAUCGAUAUACCAGCACGAAGCUAACCUCAAACAAUAAUUAGUCAAAACAAAUCGAGCAACCGACGAAGCGCCUUCAUAAAUAAAUCAAUUAUAAUAAUAGUUAGUUAAUAUUAGUGUAACAACAAGUGCCAAGAAGUGUGCGUCGCGAUCGAAUUCACAUCGCGCGUGUGAUAAUUGCAUAAGGAUUUUGAUGCGAGCGUUUUUUUGCCGCUCACAACAUUUCGAGCGCGACGGGCAGCAAGAUUGAGGUGGUGGGGGGGUGCGGGUGGGGGAGGCGCGCGCGCGUGAGGCCGCUGCACGCGCUAGGCCGCGCGGCCGGCAUGUUGGCCUCGCAGCGGUCGCAGUCCUGCAACGAGGAGGGCGCGUUCUUCGGCGCGCGCGCACUGCGCCGGCCGCGCGGCAAAGGCAGCGGCAGCCCGCCCUGCUAGGGGUACGCCAUGUCGCUGCGCAGCCUGCACCGGCGGCUCUCGUCUGCUAACAACACAUGCGACGAUGGUGGAGGCGGCGCGGCGACAGGCACGGGCGGGCGGACGGCGUCGCUGCGGCUCGCGAACGGGCGCGUCGCGGCGCAGUCGGCGGAACAUCUGCCACACUCGCCCGCCGACUGCGCCUCUGUGCGGAUUUCCAUCGACAACACUAACACCUGCUGCACUGACUCGCUCGUCACCGCUCUCGACGACGAGACCUUACUACUCGGCGACGCGGACAUGUCGCUGAAGCAAGGCAGUGGCACCGGCAAAGUCCACUUCGGUGGAUUGGACGAUGUGUCUUUGUACGGGACGCCAGUGGAGCCCGCGCCCCCGGCGCCCGACGCCAAGCAGGGCUUCCUCCGCAACCAGCUGCAGGCCCUCUUCCAACCCACCGACAACAAGCUGGCCAUGAAACUCUUCGGCUCCAAGAAGGCAUUGAUGAAGGAGAGGAUCCGGCAGAAAGCGGCGGGACACUGGGUCAUACAUCCUUGCAGUAGUUUCAGGUUCUACUGGGACCUGUGUAUGUUACUACUGCUGGUCGCGAAUCUCAUCAUCCUGCCCGUCGCCAUCUCCUUCUUCAACGAUGACCUGAGCACGCGCUGGAUCGCCUUCAACUGUCUCUCUGACACUAUAUUCCUUAUAGAUAUCGUUGUUAAUUUUAGAACAGGAAUAAUGCAGCAGGAUAAUGCAGAACAAGUGAUAUUAGAUCCCAAGUUAAUAGCGAAGCACUAUCUGAGGACUUGGUUCUUCCUUGACCUCAUCUCUAGUAUACCACUAGAUUAUAUAUUUUUGAUCUUCAACCAGGUAAACGACUUUAGCGAGAGUUUUCAAAUCCUUCACGCGGGUCGUGCUUUAAGGAUACUGCGGUUAGCGAAGCUUCUCUCCCUGGUGCGGCUGCUGCGGUUGUCCCGGCUCGUCCGAUAUGUGUCCCAGUGGGAGGAAGUAUAUAUCUUGCAGAAUCUUCAAAAAAAGCGCACAGAGCGGAGGGGACGCCUCAGCUCCGACGUUGCCAAAAAGAAGGGCGACACCAAAAGCAAUCUGAUCUUCAAGUUCCUCAAUAUGGCGUCAGUGUUCAUGCGGAUAUUCAACUUGAUCUGCAUGAUGUUGUUGAUCGGACACUGGUCCGGUUGUCUUCAGUUCCUCGUACCCAUGCUACAAGGUUUCCCACCAAACUCAUGGGUUGCGAUAAAUGAACUUCAGGAGGCCUUCUGGUUGGAGCAGUACUCAUGGGCGUUAUUCAAGGCGAUGUCUCAUAUGCUGUGCAUUGGAUAUGGUCGGUUUCCCCCUCAGUCCCUCACAGACAUGUGGCUGACAAUGUUGUCUAUGAUCUCCGGAGCCACCUGCUACGCCCUUUUCCUCGGUCACGCCACCAACCUCAUUCAGAGUCUUGACUCCUCGCGCAGACAGUACCGUGAAAAGAGAUUAGACGUGAAACAAGUAGAAGAAUACAUGGCAUACAGAAAACUACCUCGGGAAAUGCGGCAACGUAUCACCGAGUAUUUCGAGCACCGGUAUCAAGGGAAGUUCUUUGACGAGGAGCUGAUCUUGGGAGAACUGAGCGAGAAGCUUCGAGAAGAUGUUAUCAACUACAACUGCCGGUCGCUCGUCGCCUCCGUGCCUUUCUUCGCCAAUGCCGACUCCAACUUUGUCUCUGAUGUUGUUACUAAACUGCGUUAUGAAGUCUUCCAGCCUGGUGACAUCAUUAUAAAAGAAGGAACGAUCGGAAACAAGAUGUAUUUCAUCCAAGAAGGCAUUGUGGACAUCGUGAUGGCUAACGGCGAAGUCGCAACCAGUCUAUCAGACGGGUCCUACUUCGGUGAGAUCUGUCUGCUGACCAACGCGCGCCGCGUCGCAUCCGUCCGAGCCGAGACAUACUGCAAUUUGUUCUCUCUCUCCGUGGACCACUUCAACGCUGUGCUCGACCAGUAUCCUCUGAUGCGGCGCACAAUGGAGAGCGUCGCCGCCGAACGGCUCAACAAGAUCGGGAAGAACCCCAACUUGGUGGCGCACAGGGAAGACGAUACCACGUCGGAAGGGAACACCAUCAACGCCGUAGUGAACGCGCUGGCCGCGGAGGCGGAGCACGUGAGCCUGUCGGACGACAGCGUGGCGCGGCUGUCGGAGCGGUCGCUGGGGCUGGCGCUGCAGCCGCUGCAGGCGGCCUCGUGCCGCAUGGCGGGCGUGGCGCUGCCGGGGCUGGGCGUGGCGGCGGCGCUGCCGCGGCCCAAGUCCGAGCACGACUUCAGCUCGGCGCAGACGCCGCACCCGCCGCUGUCGGCCGCCGGCGCCGCCUUCCACAAGUCGGACGCCGGCAUCGCGCCCUGACGCCGCUCCGUGAGCUAGGCCGAGCGCCGCGAGAUAGCAAUACUAGGCUUAGAGCGGGCCGCGGCAGCGCCGCCGCCGCGCCGCCGCCGCCUCGCUAGUUGUAGCGUAGACACGAGUAUUAUAGCUGCGACUUCGCCGGGCACGCACCGCGCCCGCUGAAUCUCAUUUUGUGAUCUUAUACUUAAUUCUCCUGUGUUAUAAUUUAGGUUAAAUUUUAUAUCAUUGACGCUGUGAGGGAUCGACGAAUACGCGACGUAUUUCGAUUGUAUAGAUAUACCUGUUAUAUAUUGAGAAUGAUACUAUUGAGUCUUUAUAGAGAUACCUUGCCAUUAAAAGAGAAAAUAAUUAUAUAGACUAGACUGAUAUGUAAAGAUAUCACUAUUUUAUGCUUUGUUGGCGUAUGACAUAGACCACUAUUGUUGAAUUGGAAUAUUCGAUCGCGAGAUUACGACGUUCGAAGUGUAUAAACCUUCCUGAUAAUCACGAUACGGAUAUUAUAUAUGAAGUUUAUAAAAUGUUUAGACGUUGAAGCGUGGGGAGUGUAAUACGCGGGUGUGCGGGGCUGGGUGCGCGACGUAAAUAUUUCAUUUAAUUAUUUAGGUAUAGCUUGUGGUAAGGAGAUUAUCUGCAUCACGAUAUAUAGAGAUCUUAAACGCGCAAAUCUCUUAAUUAGCAUAAGAAUCUACUAGCUAUAUCUUACCCCGGCUCCGCGACAAGGGAUUGAGUUCCCGCGCCCAGCGCCGCCAGCCCGCGCUCCGUUGACUGCACAAGCGACGCACAAGAGAACGAGCCACACGCGAUUCCAAUAGCACAGGGUUACUCAAAGGUAGGGGUCGCUGAAACUUUACAACAUGGCAUGGCGCCUGGUUUCUUCAAUCAAGUCCAAACUGCACAUUGCGCAUACUCAUUAAAAUAGAUAUGCACAAGAAAUUUACUUCAUUAUUUCAAUAUAUAUAAACUGUUGUAGGUAUAUAAGCUAGACCAAAAGGAGUAGGUUUAAAAAAGGAAGUGGAAGAAGCUAUGUUGAGUAACCCUGCCACAGCACACAGUUGCUUUCAAUCUUUUUAAUUAUAAGUAGUCAUAUCUACAGAUAUUCGACAUAGUUAGCGCAAAAUUCUCUCGGUUUCUCAUGUAGGGAUCAGUAGCGCUUCGAAUCUUGAGGAUUUCUUUGUAAAUAUUGUAUUAUUAUCGAGGAUUCGCCAAGCGCUCGUCGGAUUGAGGGUUUGGUCCCAUCCAACUCAGUGACAGGACCUGGAUGAAGUACCUACCUAAUCAUUAUUUAUUCAUUUCAUGCUAUUACCGGAUCCUGACUGCUCGGGCAAGGCAAUGCCUUUGAUUGCCUCGGGCGAGGCACGUCCUGACCAGCCGAGGCGAAUGCCUCGUGCGACUGCCUUGCGAGCCUGCUCGCUCAGUCAGGAUAUUUACAUUAGGAUUAAUUUAGUCUAUAGAGAUAGGUAAUACCUACAUCCGAAUUUAAUUGUUUCAGCUUCAAAUAAAUAUAAUGACAGUUGUAAAUAAGGGAAAAUACUCAACAACAACAUAGGUAGAUAUUAUUAAAUCAAGAAAUAACUCACGCUCCAGAUGAUCUGAUUUAGAUUUACAUUUUACUGUAACUAUCACGAGCAACGCCUUAGCCUCAACGUGCCUUCUCAAGCACGGAGGAACUUAAACAUGAUACCUUAUAAAAUCAUUAUUAAUAGCAAUUUGGGAUAGAUGCUUUGGUUACUAGAAUGAAUAACCGCUAUUAUCUACGUACAAAAUAGAUAUAAGUCCUAGACCAGUAAAGGCCUAACAAAUUUUUGUUGAAAGCAACUCCAGACCACGGUUGGAAGAAACCAUUAUACUUAUAGUCAUUUUAAAAUAAUAGGUAAAUGGUGAAAUAUGAAUUCCGAGAAUAGCUCCCGUUCUUAAACACCCUCGCUAACAAUAAAAAAUCUUCCUCUCGAUGCGCGAGUAUCUUGGCCGAAGCCGUAUAAGAACGAGAGUAAAAUGACCGAUCCCGAAAUACGAUUGAUAAAUCUGUAGCAAGGACCACCAGAGUGGAUGGGACCACUAGGGUGGAGUGUGUGUCGCCUGGCACCGCGAGCGUCGACCGGUCCAGUCAAUUAUUCCGUGCGCUCGCUAGGGGGCCACGACUCUCGAUGCACCUUACACUUCAUACCUUGUUUUAAUUGUAGGUGAAAAUAAUUUAUUGUCGAUAGUGAUCAUUUCGUAGAAAUAAGUAGGCCGGAGCGUUAACAAAUUCGGACGAAUUACGUUAUGUGAUAGAGCAGCGUCGGCUGCGCGGCCACGGCCCGGCUCUCCGACCCCCACCACGUAGUCACAGUAGAUGGACUGCCAUAAAGUAUACUCGCUUCUAAACUCUGAUUUGGUCUAUCUUUUCCUUCUACAAUAGUUCGGCUUAGUUUCUCCGAAAUGGCUUCACGCAAACGCUUACAUUCUAAUUUUAAGUUAGAAAUUAGGUACUUUAACUAAGUAUAACAUAUCCUAUAGUGAGUUUUGGGGAGAGUCGGCGAGCCGAUCGCCGCUGGCUGCCGUCUUGGCACGAUCAUCGUUGACUAUUUCUUAUAGUGUCAUGACAAUUUGUAAAGAUGGUUUUGCAAAUGUUGACUUUUUAGCCAAAAUAUAGUUAAAGAAUGACGAACCAAUACGCGGUAGCUUACUAGUAGAUGAAUGCAGCCUAGUUCUGUUUGGCGACUAACACCAAUAGUUCUUUAUACUGGUAAGAUAUUUAUAUACAAUUGGUCUUAGCAGAGUGACUGUCUGUCAAUUUAUCUACAAAGAGAAAAUAUAUUUGCGUUUAAACCCGAAAGCAUUUAUUUACCAUUGUUUUAACUACCUACCUAACAUUACAGCUUUUGUAAAUUAUAUAAAUUUUAUAGAAGAGAUCUAUUUUUAUUGUGAAGUUAAAACUACUGGAUGUAAGCGAAAACCUAUACGAAAUCAAGUUUUUUUAGAUCUGGAUUGUUAAUUAUUAAAUAUUUUACUGAUUUCUGGUAUCUAUUUUCACCAAAAGUGCUCAUCGCUGUCAAGAAAAUUAGAGAAAAAUGCAUUAAAGAAUGAAGAAAACUG